AUGGCGAAGAAAGGAGGAGCUACGACGCUUGCUGAGGAUGCGCCAUGGCGUGUUUCAUCAGUAAGACCAGUGCCUCGAAUCAGUCGCUCUCCAGUUCUUAGUAUCUCUCAAACCCCAGAAACCGAUUACGCCAUUUCCGUCAUGAAGCAUCCGAAUCCGGUGGGAGGUGGGUUCGCGAUGGACGCGGUGCUGGAAUCUGCAGGACCCGAAUGUGUUGUUCCUGGUCAAGUCACGCCUCUUCGAUUGCUUGGUGUUAAGGUGUGGCCAGUUGAAGUUGAUCUUAAAUUCUUGGAGCCAGUGGGAAAAGAGCUGAAAAUGCUUGGCAAGGUAAAGUCUAAAGACCCACCUUCUUAUUGA